UUGAAGCGCGGACACCGGCAUUCAGACGUUGUUUACAACGGUUCCGUAGCGCACGCAGCUGUGAACACCAAGAAGAAGCAUCCAAUUUUACCAACCGCAAAGUCACGCUGUCCGUGCGCUUGAUGAAAAGUUGUGCAGUAAAGUGAGAAAAGCUUCAUUCCGGAAACGGAAAUUGAACCUGCGUAGCGUGGGGAGUGUUGUGUUGGCACGCGCGGUGUGUGUGUGUGUAGCCCGAAGGGCAUGUGGAAAAUGAAAUCAUCAUGGCUGGGGCUGACGCUAGCCGUGGUUGUGCUGUGUACGACCACGCGCUUGGCUUCCGCCACCAAGCUGAACUAUCCGCGUGUGUUGCUACCCAUCUUUGACCACAUUUCCGUGAACUUCACGCUUGAGGUCGUCGAGAAGGGAUGCUUCAAGUGGACUUCGUCACGGCUUGACCUAAUCCAAAUUACGCCUUCCUAUGACGACAUCGACGAGGAUUGCUCGUACCGUGUGGUGGUGACCGUUAUCAACAAGGAAAAACGCCGCAACACCGCUAUCGUGCUGGCGGAGGAUCUGGUAACCGGCGAGGUGCUCCGUUGCGAUGUGAUCCUGGAUGUGAUCGAUCAGCUGGGCGUGCUGACGACGACGCGCGAGCUGUACCUGGAGGAAGCGCCGGAAACGUUCGAGCUGUGGGCACAGGACGCACAGGGCAACGCGUUUACCACGCUGGAGGGAAUCGAGUUCCACUGGCAGAUAGCUUCCCAUCGGUCGCACGAUUCACGGCACGGUGGUGCUGGGGAUAGUAGCUGGAGCCAGGUGCUGCGGUUUUUGACAUUUUCCGAGAGCAAGUUCCAUGUCGUUCCACGACCAAUCGAACGACUCGAAGUGGCCGGAGUGCAAGGAUACAUGGUGCUGCUGGAGGGUAUCAAUACCGGAUCGGCUAGAGUGACAGCUAGGUUGCCGCAUGCCGAGUAUUCCCACGUCCCACCGGUAGACGUUAACAUUAUGGUGCUGGCCAACCUUAUACUGGAUCCGAGCGAUGUGUACAUUCUACCCGGCGACACGAUCGAGUUCAAGGUGCUGCAGCUGAAGCAGGGCAAGCUGCACGAAAUUGCACUCAACAGUCAGUACUACCUGGAGAUUGAAGAUGCAACGUUUGCCAGUAUGAGUGGGAAUGCAGCCAAGGGUGUACAGGUGGGCAGAACAUUCGUACUGCUCCGUGACCGGAACGUACCGCACGACACGAACGCGGUGAAUGAUGAGGCAAACUCGAAGGCAACCCUGCCGAAAGCUAGCCUUACGGUGGUGGAUCCGAUGAAGCUGACCAUCAAUCUGUUACCACACUACAACUGGGUAACGGUUGAGGGAGAGAAUCACGAGAUUGCGUUGAAUCUGUUCACGCACGAUGAUCAUCAGAUUACGCUGGGGGCAAAGUACAAGAUCAAGUCCACGUUUGACGAAUCGCUGUUCUAUCCGAUCCGCGUAACGUCUAACGGAAGCAGCAUCUUUGGCGAAACGAUCGCAACUGGCAGCAGCCCAGUAACGGGCAAGUUUGAAAAGCUUUCGGCCAAGGCGGAAAUGAUUGUGUACAAGCGGCUAGCGAUCGAUCCACCGGAAGUGAUCCUAUCGUUCGAUCCUAACCUGCGCCGGCAGAAGCUUCAGUUCACCGCUACCGGUGGUGAUGGAGCGUACAGUUGGUCUUCCCAGGAUGCGAACGUGGUGGCCAUAUCGCAGACCGGUUUGGCCGAAGCACGCCUGGACCAGAUCAAGGGUGUGAACGAUAUGGCGACCGAUACCGAAAUGGCAAAGGUUACCCAGGUGAAGGUGGCCAUGUCGCGCAACGUUCGGAUCUACGUCACUGCUCAGGUGAUGUUCCUGCCCCCGAUAAAGCUUGAAGUCGUACGGUACAACUUUGAAACCGCGCUGAAGGAUUACGUUCGGCUGCAUGUAGGGCUGUGGGCUCGGUACAACGGAACGCUGAAACCGUUCACCUCCUGCGACAAUCUACACUUUGAGCUGGAGUUUAGCAAUCCCAUCUUCAUGUCGGAGACGUUUUCCUCGGUGAAUGGAGAAAGUGAAGAACCGCUAGCUAAUGGCGCUUGCCGCAUACUUUACCUUCGCUCGACGAUGGUCGGGCAGACGAGCUUGAAGAUCACGUAUCGCUAUUUCGACAAGCUGCUGAGCGAUCAGGUUAAUUUGAACGUGUUCGAACAGCUGGCGAUUGAGAAUCCGGUCGAGAACGAGGUCGUCCUACCGAUCGGUGCCUCGCGCAAUCUGUUCUACUACAACGGACCGGAGCAUAUCUUCAACUCGGAGGCAGAAUUGCAGCGUCAGCUAGUUUACGAUCAGAAAGCGCUCGAGGUAACGCCGCUGGGUAGUGGGUUCUCUAAGGAUAAGCACAUUCUGCGAGCACUCUGCAAGAAGCUGGGCGACUACGAGCUUAAGCUGGAAGUGUUCAACACACUGAACGCGCCCAACGUGGUACCGUACGUGACCGAAUUCGUGACGAAGGUGUACUGCGUGAAGCCACGCUUCGUAAACCUCAUCACCACGGACAAGGUAAAGGCGGGAUGUCCGCUUGAGCGCCGGAACUCGAUGAUGCACGUCAAAACGGCCGACAACUCCGAGCGGAUGACGAUCGACAUCGAGGUGCUGGAUGUGCAGAAUCGUAAGCUGGCAAACAUUUCCUCGCUCCUGCUGGAAUGGAGCUUUACAUCCGUGGACACACAACCGUCUUCCGGCUCGUCGACGGGAGCGGGCGAGACCGCACUCGUACUUAAUUACGAUUACAAAACGGAGGUGGAACGUUUGGAGGGUGUCGAAAUACCCGGACGAGAUUACUUGCAGCUGAACCUUCCCCGAGAGCUGGAAGCGAAUCUGAAAGUUAAAACGAUCGUUGCGGACUAUCGUGCGGAAGUGCUUAAACGGUACGCGAUCAAACCGGAAAGCCCCCCGUUCGGUGUGCAGAAGAAGGCAGGUUCGGCCCUCGUGAAGCCGGUCAUUGAAAAUGAGCUUAACUUUGUGUCGGUCAAUCGUACGCUGCUGCCGUACGAUCGGCUAACGCUGUUCCUUACCACCGAUGCGGUCGAACGUAUUAGAGUUGCACAGGGAAGCGGAUUUUACGACAUAAAAGCGUCCGAGCCGGGCAUCGUGUCGGUACAGUUCGACGGCACCACACGCCAGAUAGUGAUCAGCCCGCGCAAGAUCGGUGAGGUGAAGCUGGAAAUAGCGGACCAGUGUCUCAGUACGGAAGCGAGCUUCCUGCACGUGUCGGUUGUGACGGUGGGGCGUAUCACGGUACUGUCGCCGGAUCGGGUUGAGAAAACGAAAAAGAUUGAAGCGAUCGUACGGUUGUACGAUAGCAACGAUCGACUGCUGGAGGUGAAGCGCGAUCGGUUGGAGCUGUACGAUCUUCGGACGGAGGUUUAUAAUCCGACCGUACUGAACCUUGCACUCGGCAGUCAAUCGCAGCUGGGCGUCGGGGAGAUCCGGUACAUCGUGACCGGUAUGGAGCUGGGCGAAACCAAGUUCAGCGUCAGCUCGGGCAGUGGAAAGGAAAUGGUAACGAGCGGUCCGGCAACGGUACAGGUGUUUCCACCGCUGAUGCUCUUGCCACGUAAUGCUACGAUCCUGGUGGGAAGUACGCUGCAGAUUUAUAGUAAGGGCGGCCCCGCACCGGACACGAACAUCAUUUACAGUGUGCAAAAUGCGGACAUUAUCGAUGUCGAAGCAAACGUCGCCAGUGGACUGAAGAUCGGCCGCUCGAAGGUAACGGGUCGCUGUGUGGGCGUGAAUCCUACGACCGGCGCUCAGAUUGUGUUUUCCGAGGACAGCAUCAUCAUUCAGGUGAUUCCGCUGGAUGCGAUCGAGUUGCGGACACCGUUGAAGCGCAUACAGGCCGGCGCAACCAUGCCGGCAUACGUGUGGGCCGCGCCCAACAUCUCCCCCCUGGUGCUCGGUACGGUGCAGAACGUGCAGAUCCGUUGGUCUACCGAUCACGGCGACGUGCUUGAUGUGCGCGGUGUGUUCCAGGAUGUUGGUGUCGAGUAUCGGGCCCGUGAUGCGAUUGCGAUGCGCGUUAAAGCUCUCGCACCGGGUAGAGCGACUCUGCACGUAACGCUCGUAACGCCUAGCGGAGUGAAGCUGUCCGCCAAGACGGAUGUGACCGUGUUCCGUAUGUUGGAGCUGGUCGCGCCGAAAGCGAUCCGGUACGAUUCGAUUCUGCUACCACUGCGAGCUACGAUUCAGCUGAAGUCCAAUCUGGACGAUGCCGUGUACCACCUCGACAGCGAAACAUCGUCCAGCGGUGUGCUGCAGGUUACGCGUGACGGAUUGGUAAAGAGUGGCGACGCUACCGGGCGCGUGCAGGUGGUUGCCUCCUCGCAGGACCAGUCGCUCACGAUCCCGCUCGAGGUAAAGCCGGUCCACUACAUUAUGGCCUCGCUGCAACCGGGAACGGUAAAGUUGAGGCGAAUCGAGCACAGCAUCCCGCAAGGAUUUAGCCUUUCCCUGAAGGUGUCGCUGCACGACAGUCUCGGGAACGAAUUUUCGCACGGGCUGGAGGACGUUUCGGCACUCAAGCAGAAGCUGUCGAAGCGUGGUAAUGUGUUGAUCAGCACGGGCAGCAACUACACCGUAGCGCUGGAGCUGAUUCGUGAAACGUCCGACAUGCUGGUGGUCGCGUUGCGUGACCAGACGGGUGUAAAGUUUGGCGAAGAUUUCCUGAAGCUGGUCGUUGGGGAAGAAUCGAGCGGGUUGGCGUUCCCUGCCAGAGGUGUGUUUGCGGUGGGAGAUGUAGUGUGCUUCAGUUCCCCGCUGCUCAGUUCCGAUGCACGGUGGAGCAGCUCGGAUGAGUCGUUGGUGAAGAUCGACCCCAAAACGGGUGUCGCGCAGGUGCUGGGCACUUCGGCACGUUCCGGUGGGGGUAGUUCCGAGGACGUAGUGACGAUUCGUCACGGUGAUCGUCGGAACGGUGGCAUAUCGUUCAGCGUGGACGUGCUGGAAGCGGAUCGGAUUGAGUUUUUCAAGAGCUACGAUAUCUUCAACGGCAACUCGUACCGAGGGCAUCUGGUGAUCAAGAACCAUCUGCAGAUGGACAAAUUGGUGAACGUGAUCGCAAUGAAUGUGUCCACCUGUCGGGAGCAGGUGGAACGCUCGUUCGGGAACUUGUUCCACUGUAAGCUCACCGUGCGCCAGGGAACUCCGGACUUGUUAAAGCAUUUCAAGGCGCUGCCCGGUUACGAUCCAACGAUCGGUGCGUACAGCUGUAACAUCGAGCUUCUGACGACGCUGGACGAUGUGGCGAAUGUGAUCAAGACGAACGAGUACACGCUGGAGCUGGAGGUUCGUCUCACCGCCUCGGGACUGACCGAUACGUCUACGCUCAAAAUGGUGCCAGCGGUACGCAUCGAACCGGAAGCAAUCGCGGUGGAUCAGAUCAGCAAGCAAAGCCUGAUGAUUGCCGGGCUCGAUCGGGUACUGCAGAAGGUUGAGGUGACGUCAUCCGAUCCUGCCGCCCUAGCCAUCCGCCAGCAGCAAAAGCAACCGGGGCUGCUCGAGUACCGGCUCGAACUGCUGUCGACCUACAGGGAAGAGUGGGCCGACAGUUUGGCCGUACUGAUUCACUCACCGCUUACGUUGCAGAAUGUUAGGGUUCCGAUCAAUUCACCGACGGUCCCGAGAAAAUGUGCCACACAACCGUUCACCAGCACGCCCGAUUUGUUGGUAAACUACAUGAGCAACUUUGGUCUACUAAUUUCCGCCGUGACGGUGCUUGCCGCAACAGUUUGGGUCAUUGUUUUCUGCUUUCCCCAGCGACAGAAGACGGCCGCCAACGGAAAUGUGCACUCGCCAUUUAAAAAUGAGCACAAUUUAUCAUCCUACGAUAAUAGGAUAAGCGGCAGUCCAUUUGCUAGUCCAUUAGAGAAGCGCGGCAGUAAUCUACAGUCAUCGUCACCGUUCGCCGGCGGUGGUAGCCCGGGUAGCCAUCAUAGCUUUGGCGGUUCGCAAGGCAAUCUAAGUCAUGAUUUCAACACGAGCGGUACCUCGCACGGCUCACCGAUCUACGGUGAUGCGACCAUAAUAUCGCCCCAAAAGCGGGUAAACCGACGUUACCUGUAAAUAUAUAGUCCUGGAUAAGUAAUGGAAGCGCAGGCCAGCCGCUCUUUCUCCUUCGCUCCACGCAAAGCUAUCGUUUGCCAAGAACAGGAACUAGGUUGGCUAUAGCUGACUUUGAAAAGCUCGGUGGAAAUUUCGCAUCGCAAGUACUGAAAGCAACAGACAUUUACAUUUUUCCAACCACUUCCAAUUGCGGGUUUUAGAAGCGCUGGCGGAACCGCUAGAUGAGUGUAACUUUUUUAUGUAAGCAGUGUUUUCCUACAAGAAUGAUUUAAAAAAUGAACUUUAUGACGGCAAGGCUAGAACUUUUACUUCCCAUUUUUUUGCGACUUAUUUGUUUUAAUGAUAGUUUCACUGCUGCUAAGAUUUGUUUGACGACCGUUAAUUUCUGCUUUCAUUGCGUUGUUUAUGAAUACUUCUACUUUUUACUGUUAUUGAAACUAUUUUUCUAUGAACUUUUGGUUUGGCUUGCAGCAGUUGAAAAAAACAAACUGAAAGCAGCUUCUAAUUUGUAUGCGUGUGUGUGACUUAAGCAUAGUUUGCGCUUGAAUUUAAGUAACAGAUAGAAUUGUCUUUGCCAACAACAGUCGACCAUGAGAAAGAGAGGGAGAGAGAGCAAGAGAAGAACAUUCAGACCAAGUUUGCGGGACAGUAUGGAUGCGACGCAAACUUAUUGAAACUACAACCCGCAACAAUGUACAUACCUCAGACUGUCGGUUAGGUUAGGAAGAAACAAAUAAAUUCAAAUGAAACACCUUAAAA